AUGUGCUUCUUCAAAACCGAUAUCGUUACCGGCAUCCCGCAGAAGAAGGCUGAUUUGGAAAUGUCAGUAAUGCCGGAGACUGUAGCUUCGCGCGUGGCAACCAACAAUGCCGAAGCGCUGGUUGAAGCGGGUUCGACGCAGUUGAUCCGCGUAGAGCCAAAUGACUCAAGAGUCGAUUGCUCUAAUUAUAAUCCUCUCGAUGUUUGGAAUAUGGGCGUGCAGAUGGCUGCUCUUCAUUUUCAGACGCCUGGACUGAUGAUGGAUCUUAAUGAAGGCAUGUUCGCGGCGAAUGGCGGCUGCGGCUAUGCGCUCAAGCCAUCGAUCAUGAUUGACUCGGAAAGAACGAUCCGCUCUGAGGUCACAACCUUGCACUUGCGAGUAAUAUCGGGCACCGACCUUCCUAAGCCGCGCGGUGCCGGCUCCAAGGGAAGCGUCAUCGAUCCGUACGUACUCAUCGAAGUCUUUGGCGCGGCGACCGAUUGCGCUGAGCACAGAACUCGCACUGUACACAAUUGCGGGCGAAAUCCAGUUUUCGAUGAAUCUUGCGAAUUUCGUCUGACAGUGCCUGACAUGGCGCUAAUUAGAUUUGUCAUUCUUGACGAUGAUUUUAUUGGUGAUGAGUUUAUCGGACAAUACACCAUCGCCCACUCUUGCCUUCUUCCUGGCUACAGGGUCGCGAAACUAAGUGGCAUAUUCGGAGAAGAUUUGAAUGGCGCGUCCUUGCUAGUGCACGUGGCGAUCAGCUCAUCCCGCGAAACUAAGCAGAAGAAGACCGUGCUUCGGCGCCGCCCGAAUAAGCCCAUGUCCAAGCUGCGUACUGUUGGGUUCAAGUCAGCCGAUGAACUGUAUAAAUCAAUAUCACAGUCUGCCAGAGAAGCAGCUGACUUACGGCAACUUCAUGAAACGUGUACUAAGGAUUUCAAAGAAGCUGCUGGAUUGCAACCGGUUUCGAAUGUCAAACAGGUCAUGAAGCACCUGUCAGGAAGGAAAAUGCCAAUUAAAUUCCGAAUGAUCGAAAAUGUCCUGACAAUGAGGCUUGACGGCGGCCAACUUCCAGAGCAUGGUCGAAAGUCGGCUCAAGCCACGGACGCCUUAGUAAACACGAAUCGAAAGCUUACGAUCACGGGCCCUGUUUUGCUUGAGAAGAUGGAAGCAGCGCUUACCCAAGCCACAGAGCUCUCGGAAACUAUCGAGAGUCUAGGAAGUGUGGACGGAUUGAAGAGUAAAAAAGCCGCGAAAGUUCACGAAAACCAUGCUUGGAACUGCCGACUUCUUCGAGGCCAAAUCGAGCUUCUUCGAACUGCGAUAGAAGCAGCAGCAACGCAGUUGAUACAAAUUGUGGAAUGUGCAAUUCAAUACGACAUGGUUCAGGGCGAGUUGCCAGACGAAUGGCGCGAGACAAUUCUGAAUCCCUCUCCGAAUGACCAGCUGAACGACAAGAAACUAGGCCAGCGGUACAACACUAACAAAUUCUCGCUACGAGGACUUCACAGAACGCUCAGUGCUGAUUCGACUUCGCUUGGCAGGAGUCUGCUGCCAAAGUCCCUCAAACGUUCAUCAAAAUCCUCAGUUCAAGACUCGACAAGCUGA